AUGACCUCUAAGCUCUUCUCUCCCAUUGAAGUUGGACCUAUAACGCUCCAGCAUCGUGUUGUUCUCGCGCCUCUGACUCGCUUCCGAGCGACGCGGGAAUCCAACCUUCCUCUACCUAUUGCACGGGAAUAUUAUGAACAACGCAGUCGGACCGCAGGAACCUUGCUCAUAUCCGAGGGCGUCAUCGUGGCCCCGAAGGCUCUGUGCUACGACUCUACUCCUGGCAUUUGGAAUGAAGAGCAGAUCUUGGCAUGGGCUCAGAUUGUUGACGCUGUUCAUAACAACGGCUCGUUCAUCUUCCUCCAACUCUGGGCUGGAGGUCGUUCCGCGAUUCCAGAUGUCCUCUCUUCUCACCCGACAGGCCCGCACGAUCUAGUAGGACCAUCGCCUAUCCCCGACUCACGACCCACUGCUAUCCCCCGCGAGUUGACCUUGGACGAAAUCACCGAAUACGUCGAGCUAUUCGCGACAGCCGCGAAGAACGCCGUCCGUGGGGCCGGUUUCGACGGGGUCGAAGUUCAUGUCGCGAAUGGAUAUCUGCUCGAUCAGUUUCUCCAGGACACCAGCAACCAGCGAACCGACAUUUUCGGUGGAUCCAUCGAGAACCGGAGCCGAUUCCCCCUCGAGGUUGUUCGUGCGGUCGCAAACGCGGCCGGCGAGAAUAGGACUGGUGUCAGGAUUAGCCCGUGGAGUCCAUUUGGAGAGAUGAAAAUGGCGAAUCCCAUCCCCCAAUUUACCCACUUCGUCUCCAGCCUUAAGGAUGCCCAUCCAACACUCGCAUAUCUCCAUGCUAUCGAACCGAGAAUUGGAGGCGCUUUCACCGUGCCCGAAGCCGAGAGAGGUGAUGCUAUCGUGGAAUCCAACGACUUCAUUCGCGAUAUAUGGUCCCCGAAGGUUCUCAUCUCUGCAGGAAACUUCACUCGCGAGAGCGCGCUCGAAAGGACGGCGAAUACCGAAGAUCUCAUAGCUUUUGGCCGUCGUUUCAUUUCUAAUCCUGAUCUCCCUGUUCGCUUACAGAAGAACAUUCCUUUGGCCAAUUAUGAUCGAUCCCUGUUUUAUACGUCGCCUCCAGGAAAGGGUCCUGAGUUUGGCUACAUUGAUUACCCUUUCGCGCAGAAAUAG